CAUGGCGACCUGCCUGCGGCUGCGGAGCUGCCGGGCCCCGCGCCUCCCGCCCGCGCCCGCGGGCCGCGGCCUGCGCCCCGGCUGCCCCGCGCAGCCCCGCCGCUCUGCUGGGGGCCCGGCCGGCCUGUCCGCGGCGCUGCUGCGCACCGAGAGCUUCGUGGGCGGCCGCUGGCUCCCGGCCGCCGCCGCCUUCCCCGUGCACGACCCGGCCAGCGGCGCCCAGCUGGGCUUGGUGGCCGACUGCGGGGUGCCCGAGACCCGCGCCGCGGUGCGAGCCGCCUACGAGGCUUUCUGCAGCUGGAGGGGCGUCUCGGCCAAGGAGAGGAGUUCAUUACUUCGGAAAUGGUACGACUUAAUGAUGCAAAAUAAGGAUGACCUUGCCAAGAUCAUUACAGCUGAAAGUGGGAAGCCGCUGAAGGAGGCGCAGGGGGAAGUUGCCUAUUCCGCCCUUUUCCUAGAGUGGUUUUCAGAGGAGGCCCGCCGCGUCUACGGAGACGUCAUCUACACCCCCGCCAAGGAGAAGCGGGCGCUGGUCCUGAAGCAACCCCUUGGGGUGGCCGCGGUCAUCACGCCGUGGAAUUUCCCCAGCGCCAUGAUCACCAGGAAGGUGGGGGCCGCCCUGGCCGCCGGCUGCACCGUGGUGGUGAAACCCGCCGAGCACACGCCCUUCUCCGCCCUGGCCCUGGCCGAGCUCGCGGACCAGGCUGCAAUUCCUCCCGGCGUGUACAACGUCAUUCCCUGCUCCAGAGCGAAGGCCAAGGAAGUCGGGGAAGCACUUUGUACUGACCCUCUGGUGUCCAAAAUCUCCUUUACUGGCUCAACGGCUACCGGAAAGAUACUGCUGCACCACGCAGCUGGCUCUGUGAAGAGGGUCUCCAUGGAGCUGGGCGGCCACGCCCCGUUCAUCGUCUUCGACAGUGCCAACGUGGACCAGGCUGUCGCGGGAGCCAUGGCAUCCAAAUUUAGGAACUCUGGACAGACUUGCGUUUGCUCAAACCGUUUCUUGGUGCAAAGGGGUAUCCAUGAUUCCUUUGUGAAGAAAUUUGCCGAGGCAAUUAAAACGAACCUGCGUGUGGGUAAUGGAUUUGAGGAGAGAACUACUCAAGGCCCAUUAAUUGAUGAAAAGGCGGUAGAAAAGGUAGAGAAGCACGUGAAUGACGCAGUGUCCAAAGGCGCCACUGUUGUGACAGGCGGGAAGCGACACCAACUUGGAAAAAACUUCUUUGAGCCCACACUGCUCAGCAAUGUCACCAGGGACAUGCUCUGCUCUCACGAAGAGACGUUUGGGCCUCUGGCACCAGUUAUCAAGUUCGACACAGAGGAGGAGGCUGUGGCGAUCGCUAACGCAGCUGACGUCGGGCUGGCAGGUUAUUUUUACUCUCAAGACCCAGCCCAGAUCUGGAGAGUGGCCGAGCGGCUGGAAGUGGGCAUGGUGGGCGUGAACGAGGGGCUGAUCUCCUCUGUGGAGUGUCCUUUCGGCGGGGUGAAGCAGUCUGGCCUCGGGAGAGAGGGGUCCAAGUACGGCAUCGACGAGUACCUAGAGCUCAAAUACGUGUGCUUCGGGGGCUUGUAGGACUCGUCAGUGCUUUAAAAAAUAAAGAAAGGAAGCUGACGUGCACUUACGGGGACAUGCCAUCCAUUAUUCUAGGUGAACUUCUAGGUGAGUGGAAUUAGGGAUUUUUCAAACUCCUCCAAUACUCAUGAUCUUAAGCACAGGUGAGCCCCACCCCUCCCCUUACCUAACGAGGGACCAGCAGAUGCCACACGUCUGGGGCGCAGACUCCCCAAGAACCAGCACUGCGUGUAUAGAGCGAAGCCCUGGGACUCCACCAAGAGCUGGGUGUCCCGUCCCAGAGGCUCAUCACUGCCUGGGCCGUGACCCCGCCAUCUCCCCUGUGGCUCUGAGCUCACACCAGAGAGGGCUGCCCGGAGGACCCCUGAGCAUGAGGACAGGCCGGGCAGAGGUGGGCCCACCGUCCCUGUCAAUCUCCUGGCUCAGCUCUACACGCCCGUGCCGUGUAUUCCUAAAUGUUGCCACAGAGACUGAACUGAUCAUUUUUAAGACUUCGCAGUAGCACAGAAUCUCCUGUGUUUCUGUGAGGAAAGAAAGAACACGCCUCUCUUUUUCUGGACCUUUUUUCUUAAGCUUAUUUUUCCAGUAAUCUCUACACCCAGCAUGGGGCUCAAACUCACGA